AUGGGCAAAUACAAAACCAUGUGGGUGCUCUGUUUGCUUCUUUCACUCGGUUUGCACUCCAUCCGUGCCUACCCCUAUAACGGAGAAACUGCCUUGUUUACCACCAUACCUGGCACCCCUGAUGUUUCCCACCGCCAAAAUGUUUGUGAUCGAUUUGAAGACUUUUACUUUGGGAAGGUCGAGUUACGGCAUGCCCUGGAAGGUCUUGAUCUGAAUGUAAUCUUGGGCUCGUACGACGGAGCCUACUUUCUGUACGACCCUGAACUAGGCAUUGAUAAAAAUGAACCUGGCUUGAUCGCUGUGCUCUUGGAUGAAUUGGGCCGGCGAGGAGGAUUCACAUGGAGAAAUAGCUUUGGAGUCUACACGGACCCAAUCAACUAUAACAUGACGUGGGAUGAAAUGCUGCAUUGGUCCAUGGAUUCCUAUGAUCUUGUAGCCGAUUGGUGGAUCAACAGUCGAGAACGCAUGCAUGAUGGUGUUGUCUUUGUGGAAGAAUUCCUGGAUUCCAGUUACAUAUUGGCGACAAGGGAUGUCUUGCAAUCCAGCCAGGAGCGCACAAUCAGCCACUUUUUCAACUGGCUCAAGCCAUUCGAUGCCUCGGUUUGGAUGAUGACACUCAUCACCAUUUUCCUCAGUGGUUUUAUCUACCAAAUCCUAGAAUGGUAUGCUGAGGAACGGGAUGAUAGAAGCAUGUGGGAAUGGUGGUCCGAGAAUGCCUAUCUCAGUUUUAUCAAUUUCACACAAGCCUACGAGUACCAGCCCAAGACACUGGCUAGCCGCAUCUUUGGGGUCAGCAUGGCUGUUUGGGCACUCGUAAUGACAGCAACCUACACUGCGAAUCUUGCAUCUCUCCUGGUUGACCGAAAGUUCCAGGGACCUGCAACUAUUGAGGAAAUUGUUGUUUACCAAAAUAAGAUCUGUACCUGGGAGGGCACUGCUUCGGAUACAUAUGUUCGUGACACCUACAAAAAGGCAAUACGAGUCCCAAAGGUUACGGAGCCUGAAAUGUACGAAGGGCUUCUCAAUGGUGAUUGUCAAUUCAUUUUGACAAACAUGGCUAGUUUCAAAAAGAAUAAAGCUAUGAGAGAAUACAAUCCUCGGUGUGACAUGCGAUUGGUGGGAGAUGGAGACAAGGUUGUGCAGGUGGGAUCAGGCUUUGUUGUGAGCGCGGACUCUGGCACCUUGUGUACAGGUUUCAUCCGUGAUGUGCUGAACUUGCUCAUGAGGGAUAUUAUUGAAGAUGGAUUCUUGGAUCGGAUCUGGGAGGACGAGUACAGGAGGACGCAAACAAUCGAUUGCUUGACCUAUCGUCCAGGUUUGGAUUUGCCAAAUGAUGAUGCCGAUGAUAUGGACGCUCGAACACGACAACUGUUGAAAGAUCCAUACAUCCGAUCACUGCAGGGCCUGCGGCGAGGGCUCAAGGCGGGCGGAAAGGGUGCCGCGGGAGGGGCCGUUGCGGAGGUUGCUCCCGCAGUGUCCCAAACACUUACUAUCGAGCAAAUGAUUGGGACUUUUGUGUGUCACUGGGGGUUGAUGGUCAUUGCCCUCGUUGUAGCCCAAGCCAACAGGAUGUACAACAGAUAUUUGAGAAGAAAGGCGGAGGAAGCAGCUAUUCUGCUCAUUGAUAUGGGCGAGGAAGCAGCUCAUGCCAUCAUGGAUACCAUUAGCCAUGUGGGUGGCAGUGUCUGUGCUCUCUCUGUCCGUGGUACUAGUAGGUCUCGAAUUGGCAAACAAUCAUCGUUCGGUACAGGCAACAUGCUUGACGAAAGUCAGAGUGAAGACGACAAAAUUAGGAAUAUGAUUGUGGAUAUCAAAGGGGAGAUAGACACACAAAGCGAGGUUGCCACACAAAAUGAGAUGGCGACCAUGCGAUCAGAAAUGCAAGAGCUAAGGAGGCAGAAUGAAAGUACCGUCUCGGAACUUCAAGGUCUGAGGAGCCUAAUUGAAGACCUUGUGGAUAUGUGUACAGUGCCUGUGGACGGAGUUAACGAAUCUUCUGCAACAAUCCAUGUACGUACGCAGGUCGGUCGAGAAGGAAUGGACGAGUCAAACGCAACAGUAUCCAGCAUCUUGCCUGGUGAAUUGCCUGUAAAUGAAACGGUGCAUGUACAGGUUCCACUUGAAGAAUGCAACCCCAACAUCUACGAGAAAGCACGUGCUUGCUGA